CCCUGAUGUGAACCAGCCGAAGACACGAGGAAGAGACCCGGAAGUCUUGGAGGCAAAGCGUCAGUGAGUUGAAAAAGUUUUUUAUUCAGUUUCCUGAAAGUUUGAUGAAAGUUUAGUUCCCAGUUCCACAUCAGUUCCCAGUUUAGAGAACAUGGAGGCUGCUGCUGGGUUCCUGACCGCGCCCCCCCCUCUCGGUCACAUCCUCGCCAGCGACAAGUGGAGGAGCUCGGCUCUGGUCCAGAGCCUGAAGGAUGGAGGCGUGACGGUCGUGAUGGAGGCGGAGCUUGGCGUGGCAGACUUCCAUCUUCCGAACAGGAGCUGCAUCCUCUACGUGUCCGAGGGCGACGUGGUGGCUGGAAGCAGCUACAAGAGGAAACUGGUCCGGUACCGAAACGCCAGCAGCCGUCUGCAGGAGCUGGUUCUGGUGGAGAACACCCGGCUGAGCGAGCAGUACUUCUCGGCUGUGCAGAGGUUCGUGGUGUUUGACCUCGGCCUGACCUUGCUGCCGGUCAGCGGGCAGGCCGAGGCCUCGCAGCUCAUCGCUCAGAUCGUGCUCGGGGGGGGCCGGGACAACCCCUUCAGGAGGUCCCGGUCGGCCCGCCCGCUGGACCCGGCGGUCCUGGCCGUGGUCCAGCGGGUCCCCGGGGUCGGGCGGGUCAAAGCUCUGGCGCUGCUGCAGCACUUCUCCAGCCUCCAGCAGCUCUGCAACGCCGGCCCGGCCGAGCUGGAGCCCGUCGUGGGCCAGGCCGCCGCUCAGCUGGUCCACAGCUUCUUCCACAGCCCCAGUGCAGCUGGAAGCUGAGGCCGGUCCUCAGGCCCACGGGUCUGAGUCCGGUCCUCAGGCCCGCCCUUCUGGGUUCACGAGAGAGACUUUCCUCCUUCCUGUGCAAACUGAACACGUUAUUCACAGGUCAGAGUGGAAUGGAAAGAUAAACACGUCAGGUUUUGAUCAGCCGACCAGUUUUCACUUGUUUUUUUGCGUUCACACUUUUGUAUCAACACUCAAAAAAUGGUUAUUUUUGCAUCAUUUGGUCGUUUUUAAUUCUUCCUUUUGAAAUAUCCUUCCAUGUUUUGUUUCCCGUGAUGAGUCUUGAACCUGAAGCCACGAAGCCUCAGAGCAGAAUGACCUGCACCUGAUUCACUGAUCGAUCCGUGAGUUCAGAGCUCGACGGGUUUUCAACGACUUCUGUCUGAGACUCAGAUUCUUCUCGGAUGUUUUUCUGUGGACGUCGAUGUUAAGGAGAGAAUCUGCACAAAUCAGCAGAGAACAGAUUCUCACAGAUCUUUAUACUUUUAUAUUUAUAAAAAGUAUUUUAUGUCUUUUAUGCAAAUUUAUACUUUUUGCACCUUUUUGCAAAUAAAAAGUUAUUUUCACAACC